AACAAACUACCGAUUAUGAUGAGGAGAAGACGCAUUUUCCUGAUGGGAAGCAAAGCCUAAAGGCUAACCGAAAUGGAGAUGAUGACGAUGAUGGUAUCAACCAAACCCCAACUCACACCUUCCCUCCUCCCCCUCACCAUUCAACAACUCCAACAUCACCCUCACUCCACACUCAAAUUCAACCCAACCCCACUUCAAACACCACCCACUUCGCCCUCACAACAUGACCUCUCUACCCUUGAACAAACCAAGCAAAUCCAUGCCCACAUCAUCAAAACCCACUUUCAUCAUGCCCUGCAGAUCCCUCUCAAUGACUUUCCAUCUGGGUUGAGCCCUUCAGCCCAAUGGAAUUUCGUAAUCACCUCUUAUACUAAAAGGAAUCAGCCCAGGAAUGCACUUAACGUGUAUGCCCAAUUGCGGAAAAUGGACUUUGAAGUUGAUAAUUUUAUGGCACCAUCUGUCCUUAAAGCCUGCGGGCAAGUGUCGUGGACACAACUGGGGAAGGAGAUACAUGGGUUCGUGUUGAAGAAGGGGUUGGAUAGAGAUGUCUUUGUGGGUAAUGCUUUGAUGCUGAUGUAUGGUGAGUGUGCUUGUGUGGAGUAUGCGCGCUUGGUAUUUGAUAAAAUGAUGGAGAGGGAUGUUGUUUCUUGGAGUACAAUGAUCAGAAGCUUGAGCAGGAAUAAAGAGUUUGAUAUGGCGUUGGAACUGAUUAGAGAAAUGAAUUUUAUGCAAGUGAGGCCUAGUGAGGUUGCCAUGGUUAGCAUGGUUAACCUCUUUGCAGACACUGCAAAUAUGAGAAUGGGGAAAGCCAUGCAUGCCUAUGUCAUAAGGAAUAGUAACAAUGAACAUAUGGGAGUUCCUACCACUACUGCUCUAUUGGACAUGUAUGCCAAGUGUGGACAUUUGGGUUUGGCGAGACAGCUCUUUAAUGGCUUAACACAGAAAACCGUUGUUUCUUGGACUGCCAUGAUCGCGGGCUGCAUUCGCAGCAACAGAUUAGAGGAGGGAACAAAACUUUUUAUAAGAAUGCAGGAAGAGAACAUAUUUCCAAAUGAGAUUACAAUGCUGAGUUUGAUCGUAGAAUGUGGAUUCACAGGGGCUCUACAACUAGGCAAGCAGCUACAUGCCUACAUUUUGAGAAACGGGUUCUCAGUGUCUUUGGCUUUGGCCACUGCCCUGGUUGAUAUGUAUGGAAAAUGCAGCGACAUCAGAAAUGCGAGGGCUCUUUUUGAUAGCACGCAGAAUAGAGAUGUCAUGAUUUGGACUGCUAUGCUAUCUGCUUAUGCACAAGCUAAUUGCAUUGAUCAGGCCUUCAAUCUCUUCGAUCAGAUGAGGACUAGCGGAGUGAGACCAACCAAAGUAACCAUCGUUAGCCUCCUUUCACUUUGUGCAGUUGCUGGAGCCCUUGACCUUGGCAAAUGGGUCCACUCUUACAUAGACAAGGAAAGGGUGGAAGUAGAUUGUAUACUAAAUACUGCUUUAGUGGACAUGUAUGCAAAGUGUGGGGACAUAAACGCAGCCGGCAGGCUGUUCAUUGAAGCCAUAAGUCGCGACAUUUGCAUGUGGAAUGCCAUUAUAACUGGGUUUGCGAUGCAUGGCUAUGGUGAGGAAGCUUUGGACAUCUUUGCAGAAAUGGAGAGACAGGGAGUUAAACCUAAUGACAUUACAUUUAUUGGACUACUCCAUGCUUGUAGUCAUGCUGGAUUGGUUACAGAGGGAAAGAAGCUGUUUGAGAAAAUGGUCCACACCUUUGGUUUGGUUCCACAGAUUGAGCACUAUGGGUGCAUGGUGGAUCUCCUCGGUCGAGCAGGACUGCUGGAUGAGGCUCAUGAAAUGAUCAAAAGCAUGCCCAUAAAGCCCAACACCAUUGUGUGGGGUGCUCUUGUUGCUGCUUGCAGGCUUCAUAAAAACCCUCAAUUGGGGGAAUUAGCAGCAACGCAGCUUCUUGAAAUAGAACCUGAAAAUUGUGGUUACAAUGUGCUAAUGUCAAACAUCUAUGCCGCAGCAAACAGAUGGAGUGAUGCUGCAGGGGUCAGAAAAACUAUGAAGACUGUAGGAAUGAAGAAAGAACCAGGCCAUAGCGUGAUAGAAGUAAAUGGCACAGUUCAUGAGUUUUUAAUGGGAGAUCAGUCACACCCACAAAUCAGAAGAAUUAAUGAAAUGCUAGCUGAGAUGAGAAGGAAACUGAAUGAAGCUGGCUACGUGCCCGACACAUCUACCGUGUUGCUAAAUAUAGACGAGGAAGAGAAAGAAACCGCACUUACCUAUCACAGUGAGAAAUUGGCAAUGGCUUUUGGCCUCAUUAGUACAGCACCAAGCACUCCCAUUCGGAUUGUGAAGAAUCUCAGGGUUUGCAAUGACUGUCAUGCUGCAACCAAGCUCCUCUCGAAGAUCUAUGGAAGAGUAAUAAUAGUCAGGGACCGUAAUCGCUUUCACCAUUUCAGAGAAGGUUAUUGUUCUUGUGGUGACUAUUGGUAACAGUCACAAAACCUUUCAGCAAAAGAAAAAUCAUAUAUGCAAGCUGUAUAGAUAAAUAAAGUACUGAGGUUUUAACA